AUGUCGGCCAAAGCCCCAAAGCCAGUCUAUUUCUCCAACGGGGAGGCUCUCCAGAGCCCCCCGCUCACCGUGCGACUUACCCGCUUUGUCGAGAGCAUUUACUUCUUCCUCGGCCUGUACUUCACUACUCUGUUCUCGCUCGACUCAUACGCCGCUGCCGAGAGCUCCUCUUUCAACAUCAAAAACCAGGGAAACAAGUAUACUACUCGCCCUCGCUGGGGAGGUAGCACAACCUCAUUCGGUGGAGGUGGUGGUGGAGGAGGUGGCGGCGGUGGUCCGGGAUUUGGUCCGCGGCGCGUGGGACGUGUGGAUGAUGUUCGUGGACCGGAGUGCAAGAGCUGCCAAUAA